GAGCGGGGAGCGCGCGGGGCGCGGGGAGCAGCGCGGGCAGGAGCGCCAGGCGCUCGGAGAGCGCGGGAGCGCGGGGAGCACCGCCCGCACCGUCCUUUGUGUGGCGCGGCCGCGGCUGCGCUGGCCCGCGUCGGGUCCCCGUCCCCGCCUCCGCUCGGCGCGCCGGUCCCUCCCGGCAAGAUGGCAACCCCAGCUGCCGUCAACCCUCCCGAAAUGGCUUCAGACAUACCUGGAUCAGUGACCUUACCUGUUGCCCCCAUGGCAGCCACUGGACAGGUGAGGAUGGCAGGGGCCAUGCCUGCCCGAGGAGGAAAGCGACGUUCCGGAAUGGACUUCGAUGAUGAAGAUGGUGAAGGUCCAAGUAAAUUUUCAAGAGAGAACCACAGUGAGAUUGAGCGUCGCAGGCGGAACAAGAUGACUCAGUACAUUACAGAGCUCUCCGACAUGGUCCCCACCUGCAGUGCACUAGCUCGGAAGCCAGACAAGCUCACCAUCCUCCGAAUGGCCGUCUCGCACAUGAAGUCCAUGAGGGGCACUGGAAACAAAUCUACGGAUGGUGCAUACAAGCCUUCCUUCCUCACCGAGCAGGAACUGAAGCAUCUUAUUCUUGAAGCAGCUGAUGGAUUCUUGUUUGUGGUGGCGGCUGAGACAGGAAGAGUGAUCUACGUGUCUGACUCUGUCACCCCUGUUCUGAACCAGCCACAGUCCGAGUGGUUUGGGAGUACCCUCUAUGAACAGGUGCACCCAGACGAUGUGGAGAAGCUGAGAGAACAGCUGUGCACUUCUGAAAACUCCAUGACAGGCCGUAUCUUGGACCUGAAGACUGGGACGGUGAAGAAGGAAGGGCAACAGUCAUCCAUGCGCAUGUGCAUGGGCUCUCGGCGCUCCUUCAUCUGCAGGAUGAGGUGUGGAAAUGCUCCCUUGGACCACCUGCCUCUGAACAGAAUAACCACCAUGAGGAAGAGGUUCAGGAAUGGCCUUGGCCCAGUAAAAGAAGGAGAAGCCCAGUAUGCUGUGGUCCAUUGCACGGGUUACAUCAAGGCCUGGCCACCAGCAGGAAUGACAAUACCUGAAGAAGAUGCUGAUGUAGGACAAGGCAGUAAAUAUUGCCUUGUGGCAAUUGGGAGACUCCAGGUUACCAGCUCUCCCGUGUGCAUGGACAUGAGUGGCAUGUCAGUGCCCACGGAGUUCCUGUCACGGCAUAACUCUGACGGGAUCAUCACUUUUGUGGAUCCAAGAUGCAUCAGUGUGAUUGGCUACCAACCCCAGGACCUUCUGGGAAAGGACAUUUUGGAAUUCUGCCACCCUGAGGAUCAGAGCCACCUGCGGGAGAGUUUCCAGCAGGUGGUUAAGCUGAAGGGCCAAGUGCUAUCGGUCAUGUAUCGGUUCCGCACCAAGAACCGGGAGUGGCUGUUGAUCCGCACCAGCAGCUUCACCUUCCAGAACCCUUACUCAGACGAGAUCGAGUAUGUCAUCUGCACCAACACCAACGUCAAGCAACUUCAGCAACAGCAGGCAGAACUGGAAGUGCAUCAGCGAGAUGGGCUGUCAUCCUAUGAUUUAUCUCAGGUCCCAGUCCCCAACCUACCUGCUGGUGUUCACGAGGCAGGGAAAUCUGUGGAAAAGGCAGAUGCAAUCUUCUCCCAGGAGAGAGACCCCCGUUUUGCUGAGAUGUUUGCAGGCAUCAGUGCGUCGGAAAAGAAGAUGAUGAGCUCAGCCUCUGCAGCAGGCACCCAGCAGAUCUACUCCCAAGGAAGUCCAUUCCCUGCUGGGCACUCAGGCAAGGCGUUCAGCUCUUCUGUGGUCCAUGUUCCUGGAGUGAACGACAUUCAGUCCUCCUCCUCAACAGGCCAGAACAUGUCCCAGAUCUCCCGGCAGCUGAACCAGGGUCAGGUGGCAUGGACAGGGAGCCGUCCACCCUUCCCAGGGCAGCCCAGCAAGACACAGUCAUCUGCCUUCGGGAUUGGAUCAAGCCACCCCUAUUCGGCUGACCCUUCUUCCUACAGUCCUCUCUCCAGCCCAGCUGCCUCCUCGCCUAGUGGAAACGCCUACCCUAGUCUUACCAACAGGACUCCAGGGUUCGCUGAGAGUGGACAAAGUGGUGGGCAAUUCCAGGGCCGGCCCUCAGAAGUCUGGUCACAGUGGCAGAGCCAGCACCAUGGACAGCAGAGCGGUGAGCAGCACUCCCACCAGCAGCCCAGCCAGACUGAAGUGUUCCAGGACAUGCUGCCCAUGCCAGGGGACCCAACACAGGGGACUGGCAACUAUAACAUCGAGGACUUUGCUGACCUGGGCAUGUUCCCACCGUUUUCUGAGUAGCUUCAGGCAGAGCAAGACUCCUACUGCCCCAAUGCCACCCCUGUCAUGGUGUAGACACCCCUGUGCAAAGGGGCCCCCUCACCCAGCUUGCCCUGCCGCAGGACCCCCAAAUUCCCCUUACUUCCUGUUUCCCCGAGCAUGGCACCGCUCGGCUCUAACCUGCAGCCCUAGCUUCUUGGGUUUGGGGAUGUUUGUAUUUAUUGUGCUUUAUCUGUGUGCUUGGAAGGGGUCUCUGGGCUCUUUAAAUUCCAUUGUGAAUAAUCUCUUAAUGGACACUUCACACCCAUUAAAAGCUCACUUGGUGUCCACAGAGGCUGGCAGCACCUGCAGGUCUGCCUGGUGCAGAAGCAGAGUUUCUAUCUGCUUUCUCGCUGCUGCUGCCAGGGAAGGGAGGGUUCCAGGGUGAGAGUAAGAGACAGUGACCCCUGUGUUACAGGGAAACAGGGAUAUGGGUCUCACACCAGUAGCUUUCUUUGGUGGCCUGGGGCCAGGUGUGCUUUGUGCAAUGAGAAUCCAAGUUGUGUCCUGGUGGGUGUGCUGUGGCGUGUUGUCCUGUGUGGAUAGUGAGUGUGAGAAUCCAACCCACUCAGCUUCAUUUUAAAGGGAGGCUCUGCUUAGGCCUGGGAGCUGGGCUGACAGGUCACCCCUCCAGCACUGUCCCCAGGUGUCAGGGCUAGGGACCUGCUUGUUUUAUAACUCACUUCCUUAAUCCCUGCCCCUGAAGCAGAUGGCCUCCAGCUCUUAAAGGCUCUCACCCUUCCUCUUCAUGGCUCAAGGCAGCACUCAGCCAUCUCUCCCUAGACCUGAAGGAACUGUGUCCUGAUUCCAUGAAGGCCGCUGCAUCCUCUCUGUUCUGUGGCAGAGCGGAACUCUUCCCUGCCCAGCACCUCCAGUAAGGCACACCCUGAGUUCAUAGGAGUCCUCUGCACAGGGGCAGGAUGCCAUCCUCCCCAUGUUUCUUCCCACCUCUGCUUAGUACUCUGGAGGGAAGGUAGGGCACACUCCCAGCAUAGGAGGGCUCUGAACUGCUUUUCCCUGGGUCGCCUGAGCCUUCUGUCCUCAACAGGGCAGGAGGGCCAGGGCUCUUCAGGAGGGACACAUCCAGGUCUGCAAGAUGGAGGACUCAGCCCCUGUCACACUCUCACUGGAGUCCUGAAUUCCUCAGUGAUGUCAAAGCAGGAGUUUGAGCUGACUUCUAGAAGCACCUGCCUAGCUGAACUCUGAGCCCAGAGUCCUUGCAUCACUCACAUUUGAGAUGAUUUAGGACUCUGUCCAGUUUUCGUGUUCCACUGCCUCCUCCCAUAUGUGCACUGAGUGAGGGCUCCCAGCUUCCCUUCAUUUGUCCCCUUACCUCAGGUGUCUCAUCACCGUGCCUCAGCCCACUGAGAAGUCACAGGGCUACCUUGGGCAGGCCUGGGGUGGGGUAGUCCUCCAGCAUCCCUUUGGGAAUCCCUUGUCAGUACUUACUGAUGCAAGCUCUCAGAACAGUCCUACCUUGCUGCUUGGCUUCUGGGGGACUGGGAGCAUGGUGGGUUCCAGGCUGUUUGAGGGUAUGUACAGUAAGGACCUGGGAGAGCACCAUUCCAUUCAGAGCUGUGAACUGAGCUUCAGCCUUGCCUGCCAUCCAUGGAGUGCCAGUGUUUUUCUAUAGGACUCACCAGCAAAUGCUGCCGGGAUCAGCAGAAUGCCCUUGGUGGCAGCCCACCCUGUGUUAUCCCUGGCCUUAGUAAACUAAAUUCUAGCUCCAGAGGUAUUAAAGCAGCUUUAAGCCAUUCUGUGGAGAGUGGUGACAUGAUCCAUGGAGCCCCGAAAUAGGCCUCCUCUGUGUGCUGCCCAGAGCUGCCUCUGUCCCUAGCAGCCUGGAGCUGGCCCCAGGCAGGGAGCAUAAUAAAUUCCAAAAAAGAAAAAGGCACAAAGAUAGCUUUGGGAUCAAAGAAUGUUUUUCAAUGAAAUGAAAAUAGGCUUUAUAUGGUCUUUAGUUUGUGGGUUCAGUGGUGUUUGGGGUUGUGUGUUUGGUCUUGCCACUUGUUUUUCAGAGAGAGUUUGGGGACUUUUCUUAGGUGUGCACCACACGUGAACACAUGAGCUGUCAUGCUUCCCGGGGUCCAGGGCCCUGAAGGCUACAGAAGAAAUAGAAGAGAAUUCUUCUUGAAACCACCUUGAGUCUCUCUAAAAUAGUGUAGGGUAUGAACAAUUAAGUCCUUGGUCCUGGGGGAGGAGAUUCACAGGAAAUUGCCAAACAGAGCAGCAAGCACCCUGGCUACAUAACCCCUCUUCCCUCCCAGCCUUGUCCAGGCAGUCUGGCAGGGCUUGGGACAUGGGGGUUGGGCUGGCUUGAGUUCUGGGUCUUUUCUAUCCCCUUGGCUUCUUGGUUGUGAUUCCAAUAAGCCAUGUGUGACUCAUAAGAAAAUAGACAAGAGGAGAUGGAGAAACCAUGGCAGGAGAAUCCCACCCCCAAGGGCUUCUCUCACCAAGAAUUCUUGAAACUCACCAGGGUCAGAAUCAAAAGCUUACAGGAUUCGGUUAUCCUGGUUUUCAAAAGAACUUCCUGUGGCUGUCCUUCUCGGCUGAGGAGGCCAGCACUCUGGGCUUUCAGGCCAUGUCCAGCCUGGUACAUAUGCUGGUGACUGUCUCAGCAGAAUAGGAAUGGGGCAAGGCCUGUUGGCAUCCUGCAUCUUAGUGCCUCUCCUCUGAAAUCCAUCUGGCUCCUUUUAGGCCAAGCAAGGGAAAGAAGCCCAUGUAGGAGCCACCUGAGUCAUUGACAAGGACACAAAGGCCACACAAGGGCUAGCCAGAAACUGUCACAGAAGCCAGGAUGGUUCUAGAGCCCUGCCCAUAAGCCACUCCACCCUGCUUGUGUUUCAGCUGGGGUUCAGGGAGUGAGCAAGCCAAUGUAUACAGCCCCAUCCUUCUCCACCUUCCAACACACCCAGCUCCACCCUUUUUAUGUCAUAGUGAUUGUUGCAGGAAGUAGAGGUCAGAUGGGCGAUGGAACUCACAGUGAGGAGCACACAUCUCCCAUGUCAUUAGAAGUACAGUGCACCCACCAGGUUAACCCCACUGGCAGAUAGAUGUCCGUGCUCCUGCCAGCUCCAGGCUGGAAACCAGGCAGGCCUGGGAAGUGGAUGCUGGACUCUCCUCCUGCAACACAGUCCAGCCAAUGAGCUCCACUAAGACAAUGGUCACAACCCUGUGAACUCACCUGUUCUGUGACAGCUACAGCCUGUCACACAAACAGGAUAAGCUAGUUGCUAGCCACCAGUGACAAGGCAGAAUAGAGGCCCUCUUUGUAUGCGGUCAUGAGUUCCUAUGUCCUAACUUGCCAGUCUGUUCUCUGCUCCCUUACCAAGUUGAUGCUCACCUGACAUACCACCAUUGGGGAGGCUGAAGCAGGAAGGGUCAUCAGCUCAAGAGUUCGAGACCUGCCUGGGAAACAUAGGAAGUGCAUAUAUAUAUAAUCUUUAUCUCCGAGUAACUUCGCUACAUUCCAUAUGCUGAGGAGCCACCAGCCCCCUGGAUGCCUUCUACCUCCACUGCAUGGAGUCUGGGGCAGGGUGAGGAGGCAGCACACAAGGGCAUGGGCACAAUUCCACACCUGGCAUGUCCUGUCUUAUGCCCUGAGCUGGUUUAAUCGGGCAGCCUGCAAAGCCUUAUGUAUACUGACCAUAGCAAAAUGGAGCUUUCAGGGGCCAUGCAGGGGUCAGCAGCUUGCUUUGUCUAAUCAUCUAUUUCCUUAAAGAAAAAACAUUUCACAAGCAGGCUUCCAUGGACAGCAAGCACUUACUCAUCUCUCAGCCUUUCUUCUUAUGAAUGUGAACUGUGCCGUGGGUAAAUCAUUUGUAUUUCUUGAAUGUUCUGUAUGACUAACAGUUAUUAAGUCACUGGGUAUAUGUAUAACUAAUGUAACUGCCUUUAAAAUUUUCAUUACAAUAAAGAUGACUGCACUGAA